AUGAAGAAGAGAAACUCAGGUGCCACAAGCCCGAUUAAUCAUUUGUGCGAUGAGAUUCUGGUAGGAAUUUUUAUGCUUCUCAACGUUGCGGACAUUGCAGCAGUCUCAUUGGUUUGCAAAUCCUGGAACCGAGUUUGUCGUGAACCUUCACUUUGGCGCAAGCUUGAUCUUACUAGCCUGGGAUCUCCCUAUUUCUACAUACCCAACACACGAGAAGCGUUGCGUGACAAACGUUCAAGCACAAGAGUCACUCAGUUCUUGAAAUAUGUUUUAAGUUUGAGCAAUGGAAAUACAAGCUGCAUAGUAUUUAACUACUAUAUAUACUUAACUGAUGUGCACUUGAUCUCUGCUGCUGAAAGGACCCAAAAUCUCAAACGACUAAUUCUACCAAUUACAGGCUCCUUAACAAGAAGGGGAAUCAAUGCAGCAAUGAGGUGUUGGAGAGGCCUUGAGUCCAUUACCCUUACCUCCAUGGUUAAGCAUAAUUUCCUAUUUCCUGCAAUUGGCAAAUACUGCAGGAACAUCACUGAGGUGAAAUUUACUUGCGGCUUUCUAGAAAAUCAUGCUGAUGCCUUGGUUAAAUACACCCCAAAUCUAAGGAUCUUGAGUAUUCGGUACGUGAUAGUGAGCAUGAAAGGUUUGUGUACCGUGCUCAAUUCCUUGCAACGUUUGGAAAUGGUUAAUAUAUGCCAUAGUGUCAUUAUGGAUAAACCACAUCCUAGGUCCGAGGUUUCGGUGUAUGGUAUUGGUGAUCUGCGAAGCCAUUUGGACAUCUCGUGUAUGAGAAAGCUCAUCUUUUGCCAAGGAAGAAGAUGCCUUAGGUGCAGGAAUGGGCAUGAAGAUAACAAUAGUCCUAGCAGGCAACCAUAUGGGCACUUUGAGGAUAUUUGGCGCGAGGAUGAGAUAAUUACUCUUGCGCAUUGA